UACCGCCGGAAAUUCUGAAACCUUUACCAUCGAGAGCGGGCUCGACUAGCUAGCUAGAGAGGCUCACUUCCGCCCCGUUAAAGGGUGGGGGCCGCCAUCUUGGGUGCGUGAAAAGUCCUUGGCGGGAUUGGUUCCGCGUGGGGGCUCUUCUGUAACUCCCCACAUACCAGGGUUUCAUCUCAGACACUUCCCUGCGUGCAGGAGGGCCUGCUGACGGCCGAUUCCUUUGCAGCAGAAGAAACUCUUAAAUUCUGGAAAUAGCGACCCAGUAGCAUGGCCGGCCGCCUUAAUGAAGAUCCAGAAGGAAGUCGAAUCACUUAUGUGAAAGGAGAUCUUUUCGAAUGUUCCAGAACCGACUCUCUAGCCCACUGUAUCAGUGAAGAUUGUCGGAUGGGUGCUGGAAUAGCUGUUCUCUUCAAGAAGAAAUUUGGAGGGGUGCAGGAACUGUUAAACCAACAAAAGAAGUCUGGAGAAGUGGCUGUUCUGAAGAGAGAUGGACGAUAUAUAUAUUACUUGAUUACAAAGAAACGGGCCUCACACAAGCCAACUUACGAGAACCUGCAGAAGAGUUUAGAGGCUAUGAAGUCCCAUUGCCUGAAGAAUGGAGUCACUGACCUCUCCAUGCCCAGGAUUGGAUGUGGUUUGGAUCGUCUGCAGUGGGAAAAUGUAUCUGCUAUAAUCGAAGAGGUGUUUGAGGCCACAGACAUCAAAAUUACUGUGUAUACACUCUGAGCAGAUGGAGAUUUGGGAUGAGCUCAUAGUCUUUGUGUCACAUGUACUUGGCUGUAGGACCUCAAAAUGGGCAGAGGACAGUGUGUAAGGGAAUCUGUGUUACAGGCCAGAUGUGGGAUUCUGCAUUCUAAGAAGACUGGAGGGCACUAUGCCCAAACAGUGUGGAGGAGGCUGAGGCCUGUCAGCCGGCCAGGAAACCAGCUAAGCCCACCUGACCUGUUUGCUUGUCCACGACUGGAUUUUUUUGGCUGGCCACUAGGUGGCAGCAUUGAUUCUAACUCUUGUUUUUAAGGAGAAAUUGUGGGAGACUUGGUAAACUGUUGAGAUUCUUUGGUGUCUUGUGUUUGUGCACUUGAUGCUAGUCUGAUCAUCCUAGGGAAGGAUUGUGCUUGUUUUGUAGUUACUCAUGUAGUUCUCCAGGGUCACAAGGGGCUUAUUGGGACAGGAGUGGAACAAUAAACCUUUCUGUUGGAUUCACUGAAG